CUACGGUUACAAGUGUGGGACUGUGAGAGGUUGCUUUGCUGUUGUUAAAGUCAGUUGCUUAAAAAUCGAAUAUCGUAUUUUUGCUUCAGUUGUGCUUUUAACAUUUAACAAAAUGAGGCACCCUUGUGAGCCUUCAGAAUAUCAGUUUCACUACGACAGAUCAUACCUCAGAACUUCUUCCAAGUCCGGGGCCGGGAACAGUGCUAAGCAAUCAGUAACCAAUGGCAACGCAUCCUCUAGGUCAGCGUCAGCUGGUCCCCGAUACCCAAUGCCAAAUAGAGAUCUGGACAUUUUAUUUGAAGUGAAUAAAUCCAGAAAACCGGGGGAAUGUUUGGCAAACAUCCAGUACGAUAAAUACACAGGUGAGGUGUUAUCAAUAAAGCCUCUCUCAAGCGUUAGUGACGGUGGAAGUAACAGUGAACAAGAGCCGAGGGAAAAGGACAAGAAAAAGGAGUCUCUAGCGACUCAGCUGACUCCAAACUCUUUUACCAGACAUGGAUAUAACGUUGAGCAUCUCAGAGGGACCAUAUGUGGGCCUUUGCCCGGUAUGGUGACCAAAGAGGGACGAACUGGAAAACACAGACACGACCCCACCAAAACCACUGUUCAAGAUCAUUACAGACAUCAGUAAAGACUUUACUAAAGUGGGAAACAAGUAGUGUGUGCAAUGUUAGGGAAUCUAAACGAUAUAUGAGCGAUGAUCAGUUCAGUAGUGGUU